AAUAUCCACUUUCUUUCUCCUCCAAGCACACAAAAGCAGAAUAAGGAUGAACAGCGGGGUGUGCGUGUGUGUUAUCCUGGCUGCUCUUUCUGCCUCCUGUUUGGGUCGGCACCGCUCCACUUCUCCCGACAUUGAUGACAGCCCUCUGUCCUCACAGAUGGAUGCCAGUUUAAGUGGGCACCAGCAGGUCGCCCGCUCCACCAGCCUCAGCGCCGCCCUCAAACAGCAGCCAGCAGCUGACACAGAUUCAGACACCCAUGCCAACCUCAGUGAACUGAUUGCCAGACUCAUCUCCAAAAAAGGCUCUGUUCGGCGUAACUCUUCCAUGAACAACAGAGCAAACAGUCUGAACCAUAGGAUAAAAGAUCGGGAUUACGUGGGCUGGAUGGAUUUUGGCCGCCGGAGUGCCGAGGAAUAUGAAUACUCAUCAUAAAAUCCAUAUAUAUAUAUCAUCCAGCUCCUCUCUGCCACAAAUAAAAGAGUAUAUUUAUUACUAUUACUAUUGUUAUUAUUAUUAUUCUAAUGUACAUUUGUUAAGAAAUCAGUAUAAUGCAAUAUAUACAUAUGCCUAAUUUUGCCAAAAAAUAAAAAAGACAAAAAAGUCUCAUAGUA